UUAGCCAGUGAUAUUAUUAGUGACACCAAUAAUGUCAGAAGUGAGACUACAAAUGCCAAUAGUGGCAUUUUUAUAAUACGAGUAUUAUAAGUGACACUUGAUGAGCUGAUGUGUAUAUGUAAACUUUAGUAUUGCUACCUACGAAAAAGAUACGAAAAAAUCCUCAGUUUUGAGUGUUAAUACUCAAAUUUAAGUGUUAUCCCCAGUUUUUGGGUGUUUACACCAAAAUUUGAAGGUUUUUUGCGUAAGGGUAUAGAAAAACUAUGAAAGAUAAUUCAUUAUUACAGGAAAAUUCGUUUAUAAGUAAACAUCAUCUCUUAUCAACGACCAACAAAGUGAAAAACUAGAACGAGGCUAUGGGAUCUUUGGAAACAAUAUGUGGCAUUGUUGUUGUAAUUGUUGCUUUUUAUUACUACUUGAUAUCAAUCUUUGACUUUUGGAAGUCACGUGGCAUCAGUGGUCCACAGCCAGUGGUACUGUUUGGUAAUGUUAGAGAUGUUAUGUUUGGCAGAAAGGCCAUGUGCGAUUAUUUGAUGGAAAUAUAUAAUAUCUAUAAAGAUAAGCCCAUGAUUGGUAUAUUCGUCAGAAGGACACCUGUUCUUAUCGUGAAAGAUCCAGAUUUAAUCAAGGAUAUUCUUAUCAAAGAUUUCUCCAACUUUGCAGAGAGAGGAUUUACUACUCAUGAGAAGGCCGAUCCCCUGUCGCAACACCUAGUCGCUUUGGAGCAGAAAAGGUGGAGACCUUUAAGGACAAAGCUGUCGCCUGUUUUCACAUCUGGUAAGCUGAAGGAAAUGUUUCCUCUAAUAUUAGAAUGCUCCGAACAUUUGGAACGAUAUGUGGAAGAAUUGGCGAGCAGGAACGAGCCCAUAGAAUGCCGUGAUUUGACAGCCAGAUACACAACAGAUGUUAUCGGUAGCUGUGCUUUCGGUCUUGAUACGAAUUCUCUAUCGGACGUGGAUAGCGAAUUUCUCCAAAUGGGAAGAGAAGCAUUUACUCCAAAAUGGUACAAUUUGAUACGACUUAGGAUCAAACAAUCAACGCCAUGGCUUUUCGAUAUUCUUGGUUACAUUCUACCACAAACGAAGGUCACCAAGUUCUUCACACGCAUUGUCAUGGAGAAUAUCGAUUAUAGAGAAAAAAAUAAUAUCGUUAGACACGAUUUCGUUGAUACAUUACGUGAAUUAAAAAGUCAUCCGCACGAAAUCGACAUUGAACUGACUGACAGUCUGAUCGCUUCUCAAGCAUUCAUAUUUUUUCUCGCCGGUUUUGAAACUUCAUCGACGACUAUGACCAAUGCACUUUAUGAAUUGGCGCAGAAUCAUAAAAUACAGGACACACUACGUGAAGAAAUUAAUCAAGAGUAUGCAAAGAACGAUGGUGUAUUAACGUACGACAAUAUAAAAAAGAUGGACUACUUGGACAAAGUUUUCAAAGAAACUUUACGAAAAUAUCCACCAGCAACGUUUUUAAUGAGGCAAUCGACAUCGAGUUAUACUUUUGAUAGUAUUAAAAUUAAUAUACCGAAAGGCCAACCCAUAUGGAUACCAGUUUAUGCGAUUCAACGAGAUCCAAAUAUUUAUCCGAAUCCGAACGUUUUCGAUCCAGAGAGAUUCAAAGAGGAAGUAACCAGGAAUGCGAUGUUUUAUCUUCCUUUUGGCGAUGGGCCCAGGAAAUGCAUCGGUUCACGCUUUGCUGUUUACCAGACUAAAAUUGGACUCAUAAAAAUAUUACGAAACUAUAAUAUUGAAAUUUGCGAGAAAUCACAAAUACCAUACACAAAUGAUCCUAAAGCGUUUCUAUUAACGCCAAAGGGUGGCAUAUAUUUGAAAAUAAUCAAGAUUAAUGGAGUUUAAUUUAAGUUUAUACAAUACACUAU